AUGGAAGAAAUUUGUGAAAUUGUACCUUCCCAAAAAGGAACGGAUAAGAUUAAUGUCCAUGGUUAUUUGAUGAUAAAGAAACAGAGUCGGGAGGAUAAGUUCUAUUGGUGCUGUGAAAAAAGAAAAUCAAACGAAUGCAAAAAUCAUGCUACAACAGUACUUAUUAAUAAUUUACAUCAUCUUCAAAAAUUUAAUGAUCAUAAUCACGCCCCACAAGCCAGCAGCGCCGAAGUUGCAAGAAGUAUUGCUCAUAUAAGAGAUCAAGCUCAGGGAACCAGAGACCAGCCAGCUCAAAUAAUUCAAAAUGCGAUUGUUAGUAUCCCAAGGGAAAUCUAUCUCUAUGUUCCAUCGCAAAAUGCUUUGUGUGUCCAAAUUAAACGUAUUAGAAGAGCAGAUAUGCCUCCGCAACCCCAAAAACUUGAUGAUAUUAAUAUUCCUGAUUCACUUUGUUCGACAUUAAGUGGGAAAAAUUUUUUAGUAAGAGAUUCUAUAAUUAAAAAAGAGAGAAUUUUUUUGUUCACCACAAAAGCUAAUAUACAACACUUAUCUAAUUCCUUAUACUGGAUGAUGAAUGGUACCUUUAAGACUGUUUCAACUAUUUUUCGUCAAUUGUACACAAUCCAUGCAUCUGUUGGUACAGGGGAUAAUUCAAGAGUUCUUCUUUUAGUAUAUGUGUUAAUGACAAAAAAAUCAGAAUUUUUAUAUAAAGCACUAUUUCAAGAUUUGAUUGAAUUUGCAGAAAAAAAUAAUAUUUUAUUAAGCCCCACAGCAAUUCUUACAGACUUUGAACUUGCCACAAUAAACACAUCACAUAUUGAAUUUCCUAAUGAUUUUAGUAUAAAACUGUAUCAGUUGUUUGUAUUAGCAUUCUUAUCAUCAAAUGAAAUUCCUGCAGCUUUUGAUGUCUUAAAGGAGAAAAUGCCCACGGAAACCAAGGAGGUAGUAAAAUGGUUUGAGGAAAAUUACGUUUACGGAAAACAAAUACGACAAAUGCGUAAUGGUAAUAUUAGCCAUUUACCACCUCUUUUCCUAUCACAAAUGUGGUCCAUACAUAACUCCAUGGAAGCAG